AUGGAAGUGAAGGAGGAGAGUGAAGAACUGAGUGAAGUGGAGGAGGAACAUCAUGACAAACCUGGAGAAAAACCUUUGAGUCGCUCAAAGACUGAAAAGAGAUUUUUAAAGAAAAGAAGAGCCAAGAAAUCUACAACCUGCACUCAGUGUGGACAGAGUUUCUCAACAAAACAAAGUCUUGAUGUUCACAUGAGAGUUCACACUGGAGAGAAGCCGUUCACAUGUGAUCAAUGUGGGAAGAGCUUCACGCGAUCAUCACACCUUAAAGAACACAUGAAGAUCCAUGCUGGAGUGAGACUGUUCACAUGUGAUCAAUGUGGUAAAACAUUUACUCAGUCAAUAAACCUGAAGACACACCUCAGAGUUCAUACGAAGGAGAAGCCAUAUUCAUGUUCUGUGUGUGGAAAGAGUUUUUCACUGCUGUGUAGUUUACAUGAACAUGAGAAAAUACACACUGGUGUGAGAGAGUACAUGUGCUUUGAUUGUGAGAAGACUUUUACUAAAGCAAACUAUUUAAAACUGCACCAGAGAAUUCACACUGGAGAAAAACCUUACAAGUGUUCACACUGUGACAAGAGAUUCAGUGUGUCAUCAUCUCUGAAAACACAUGAGAGGAUCCACACUGGAGAAAAACCUUACAAGUGUUCACACUGUGGCAAGAGAUUCAAUCAGUCAUCACAUCUGAAAAAACAUGAGAGGAUCCACAGCAGAGAGAAGCCACACACGUGUGAUCAGUGUGGAAAGGGUUUCACUACUAAAAGUCACCUGAAGAUACACAUGAAGAUCCAUGCAGUGCAGAAACCACAUCACCACAGUCUGAAAUCAUGAUAAGUAAUUCAUCUUUAUGUUCUGAGAAGAGACACAGAAGAGAUCUCUAUAUGAAUCUGCUAUAUAAAUGCUUCAUUCAUUCAUUCAUUUAUUCAUAGUUAGCCGUUUCUCAAUAUGCGUUCUUGUCUGUUCUUGUGAAAUUCAUCAGCUGCUACCCAAGUACUGAUCUAAUUCAAAGUUCACAUCUAGCCAAAGAAAAUAUCAAAUCCCCGGACGUGUUCUUGAUCCUUCUUGAUCCUUUUAUCGAUCCUUACCGUCUUACCUCGGCUAGUCCUUCUGAUGAUUGCCACUGGCUCUGAUGCCUCUGUAAUGGUUACACAUGAGAUAUAAUUCAUCUUUUGUAUAUAUAACAGGUGAUCUUUGGUCAUGAAUCUAUAAUUUGUUGAAGUGAAAGUGAAGUUUCAUAACUUUACCGUUGUAGCCUACUAGAGCGCUGACUUUGUGCGUUUGACUGAAUUGUUUGCUUUAUUUCUUAUUGUAGCUUCUUAUACCUUUUGCUUAUACUUUUAUAAUGGUUAUUAUUGAUCAUUAAAACUGUCAUUUAACAAAAAGAAACAGUGUUGUGUUUUAUGUUUGCAGACUAUAUGCACAUGUUACCUGAACCACAUAUGUUUAAAGUCUGUGUGAACCGGAAGUUGAAAAUGACUUUUCUCCAGUGUUGUGACGUAUUUCCCAGUGAAACAGAAU